AUGCCGGUUACACUCAAUAUAGGUAAGACCUUCGAUGACGUUGCUCCCUUUCUUGGUGGCGUCUGGUCUCUCCCUCGUGCCUUGCCCCCUGGGCUUCACCUUCACCCCGCAACUGCCAGGGCUCUGGCUAUUGGCUACCAGUCCAGGCAAGAGAUACGUGACAGCAUCGAGAUCUACACUGAUGGGUCCUUCAAUGGCAAACUCAGUGCUUGGGCCUUUGCUGUCGUCGCCGUUGCCCCGUCCGGCCGCACCCUACAAGGUUGGUGCCGAGGCGCUGUUGCACUGCAGGGCGACCCGGCCUACAUUGGGGCAGAUACACACUCUGCCCUUGAAGCAGAACGAUCAGCGCUGUUCUGGGCUGUGGCAUGGGCCCUGACGCAGGCCGACAUUAGUAUAAAUAUCUGGACGGACUCCCUGUCUGUCAUAGGCCAGACUAGCAACAAGCGCCCGCUGGGAUCGAUCCCCGAAGGGCACUUGGCCUUAGACCUACUCCUACUGCAAUUGGCCCUGACUCUGCCGAUCAUCUCUGUCUAUGCCUCCGCUUGGUAUCCUGCAAUGUCCAGACCCUUGAAGAAAAUGCUUCUGCCGGACUUGUUGGCAGGGACACAGCCCUUCGCGUUUCAGGACGACAAGCCCCUCUUUUUCGCGCUAGAAGAUUUUCGAGUACUGAGCUGGUCGCCCAGGCACCUCUUUGUCAAGUGCAUCCGAGGGAGCUUUCGCUUUCUCAUUGCUGUCUGCCAUGCGCCCACAUCUCUCGACGCAACCCGAGAGUCGUGGUGGAAAAAGCUUGCCGAUGACUUAGGGGGAUAUGCCAAUGGCCUUCCCGUAGUUAUUCUCGGAGACCUCAAUUUGCGGCUCAUUGAGCCCUGGGAAGACAGUGUUGGCGAUCUCUGUUGGGAAGACGGGGCCCACCCACCUGCCCCUUUCUUUCGCAUCCUCAGCCACCACGGGCUUUGGGUCCCUUCUACCUUUACUGCCUGUCAUAGAGGGCUUUCCCAUACCUGGAUUUCACCUGGGCAAGGGGCUCUUUCACGCAUUGACUUCAUACUUGUUCCUCAAACCUGGAAGGCCGACGAGGGCUCCUCCAGGGUCCUCUACGAUGUAGACUUCGGUCAAACAGGCUUGGAUCACUAUGCAGUCUGCCUUGAGGUCAAUGCCCUUGCCCCUUCCUCCGGCCACAAAGGUCCUCGCCCUCCUCGUAUUGAUGUCAGCCGUCUUCACUCCCCCGAGCAUGCUGCUACUGUCCAAGCCAUUUGUAAGACGGUGCCCCCUGUGCCGUGGAGUGUUGACGCUCACACCCACUAUGACUUUUUUGCACGACAUCUUGUCGAGCACCUUGCGCUCGCUUUUCCUGCGCAGAGGGCUGCCAGACGCAAGACCUUUUUCUCGGAUGGGACUUGGUCGUUCCGUCAGCAAAGGGUCAGCUUGCGCAAACUUGCACACAGGGCUUCUGCCUGGCUGGCUAAGUAUGAACUUCGCAUUGCCUGGGUUGCGUGGAUCUGCGAGGGCCCCUAUGUGUGGGCCGGGCUGCUUUCUUUGGCGGAUCUGCUGCGUAGUGUCGCCGACCUCCGCCGCAGUGUCGGGGACCUGCGUAGGUUAAAGCCUUUCUUGAAGCGGUCCAUCCAGAGUGAUAAGCGCAGUUUCACGCAUGAAGCUGCGAGGACAGCCUCUAUGAGCACCUCUAAGGAUACCUUUAAGAAGCUCCGGGCUUUGAUAGGUCCCACCAAAAGAAAGGUCAAGGGCAGUCGAGCCAUUCCCGCCAUCAAGCUUGAGGACGGCAGCAUUGCCAGUGAUGUUGGAGAGGCCGAGGCACGGUGGAUUCGCCACUUUAGCUCCAUAGAGGCCGGUGGACCUCGGACUCCGGAACAGAUCACACAGCAGUGUCAGGCUCGUCAGGGUGAGCUUGACCUCUCUGAGUAUGAUGUCGAGGCCCGUGACAUCCUCACCCGAGCACAAGUUGAGGCUUAUGUUCGAGACCAUUCCUUGAUCAGUGCUGCCGGAGGGCCGCCUGUCCUGGCUAGGAUGGUCGAAGAAACGAACUGUGACACCUGGUUCGCCCACGGAUCCCUAGAAGGGACAGCCAUCGUGAAGGCGGGCACUCGGCCGGGAGACAAUCUCGCUGACCUUAUCUUUUCCUUCUUAUUUGCAGAACUGCUGCAGACCCUGCGCAGGCGGUUCGAGAAAGAUGGCCUUUCAAGCGCCUUGCCCUGGAACGAUCGGUGGCUGGGGGCCGGUCCGGAGGCUGCUGUUGCCUCUGACGCCACUGAUGUGGCGAGACCGAUCGACGUAACCUGGAUGGAUGAUUUGGCGCUCCUCGUCGAGGACUCCAGGCCGGAAGGAUUACUUGAUAAAGUAGCCGCGGUUGCUACGGCAACACUAGACGAAUGUAUGAAAGCCACCCUGGUGCCUAACUUGGCAGUAGGUAAAACUGAGUGCGUUGUUGCCCUCUACGGCCCUGGUUCUAAGAAGACCGCGGCGGAGACCUUUAGGGGCAGCUCACCAGAGCUGCAGCUGCACUCUGAAAUUUGGCCUGCUGCGCGGCUCCGACUUGUCACAACCUAUAAGCAUGUUGGGGGCAUUGUCCAGGCAGGAGGCGGGACUACCAAAGAAGUGCGCUCACGCAUUGGCGCAGCCUGGGCUGCCUUCAGGCAACACCGCCGACAAGUUUUCUCGUCUCCGCUUAUUCAUGCGCGGGAUGAGGCAGUGCUCUUCUCCGCGGUCGUGGAAUCUACCUUGUUCUACGGGAUUGGAGCAUGGCCGGCGCAUGAUCCUGCUGCCACCACUAAGAUCCAGGGUUCCCUAGUUGCAAUGGCUCGCCUCAUGUUGCGACCGAGGUUUUCUUAUGUCGAGGCGCGUCACAUGAGUGGCCUCUACGUCCUUGCAUGCGCUCGUGUCCUACCGGCUGAGGUUGCCAUCGCUUUGGAAAGGAUGCGCCACUUCCGCCUGGUUGUCUCCAAAGCUGGUGCCGAGUUCUGGGCUUUACUCCAUGCUGAGCGCUCGUGGCUUUAUCAGGCCCAGCAGGCACUACAAUGGGCUGGAGAGCUUCGACAAAGGGCCGGCCUCAAUGAGCCUGAUAUCUCGGACUGGAAGGCCUUGACUCCCUCUGGACAGCCGAAGUCCAACAAUAUCAUGGCCUGCUUUUUAGGUCACAACUUCCUGCUGUCCAAGCCCAAGGGCCACUCUGGCCGUGGCAACAGCGACAGACCCCUUUUGAGGAACACCGACCGUCAGAAGAGGUCCUGUCUGCCCUGGAGGAAUGUUUUUGCGCUGGAGGAGAUGCCUACCAGACCUAUCAGGAUGUUCUUGAGGCAUAUCGCCGUGCCUUCAGUUGCUGUUGUCUCCAGCUCUCUCGACUUCGAGCUACUGCAGCUGAAUGGAGGCACCGGUUGCAAGACACCCUCAAUGCUGAUGAAGACUGGUCCAUACAAUGGUCCAGCUGGCAUGUCCAUGCUUCUGACCUGCUGCUUCGGGUCUCAUGGGCUGAAUGGCUGGUCCCUGAUCCCAUUGCCCCGAGGUUUGCCGUCUCCACCUUCAGGGACGCAAGUACCCAAUUGCCCUGGCUCCUCUUUGACUUUGUUCACUUUCCUGCUGCCACUAGUGGACUUCAGAUCGGUCUCCGACACCCCUUCGAGCCUCAAUGUUGACGACUGGCUGGCACCGAGUGUCUGGCAGCCCUAG